AUGAAGUGGAAGGAGUUAUACGCGAUGGAGAAACAGCGUAGAGCUCAGCUGGAAGAGGAGUUGAAGGAUGCACGUCGUCGCCUCGAAUCUGACAUGGAGUUAGCGUAUCAGGACUAUCAAGCGCAAAUGCUUCGUGAGGAUCUACAGCGUCGGCAGCAGGAGCUUGAGCGGCUGGAGGCCGCUCGUCGUGAGCGGAUGAAUAUGAGGGCUGCUGCUGGUGGGCCAGGAGGACCACCUGGUGGUCCAAAUAUGGGUAUGGGUGCACCAAUGCAGUUUGGUCAACCGGGACCAUUUGGUCAACCGAUGUCAGGAGGACCUAUGGGAGGUCCUAUGGGAGGACCUCCAAUGGGUGGUCCACCUGUCGGAGGUCAGUAUCAACCACAGCCAUAUCAGCAAGGACCGCCUGGUCAGAUGCAGUCUCAUGGUGGACCAGGAGGUCCAGGAGGUCCCAUCGGUGCAGGCGCUCCUGGUGGUCCUGGCUCUCAGAAUGGACCUGGAGCGCAAGGAGGGCAAAGGCCAGCUACAAAUAAUAUGCUUGAAGGAGUCCAGCGUCUUCUGCAAAUUUUCAAAAAUGAACCUGGGCAGCAACGCCCUGCAUCUGGAGGCCCCAAUUCAUUCGGAGGUGGACCUGGUCCUAUGGGUUACGUUGGAGGACCCGGAGACUACCCACCAGAGAAAAGGAUGCGCCGCUGA